AUGUCGUGGCCGGGUCAGGAGGACGUCUUCUUCUCCACUUCUCUUGCCAGCUACCUCGACAGUAAUGCCAUCCCUCUUCUUUCUUCCAUUGGAUCCUUCAAAAUCGCAAAUCUACACUGCAUUCUUGUUCGAUUUGGUCGCAGAUCGACCGAAAACUUAUUAAGCUCCUUCACAUCAUUCAGUCUCAUACUCGUGUAGAAUAUGGUGUAGCUGAAAUGCACCAUAUACUGGCUUUAUUUUUAUUUGAGGCAUGCUGUGAAGAUCCGAACCAGGAAAUCUCAGGCAUAUCACCCUGCUUUCUCCGUUACAUUAUUUAUUAAAUGGAAUUUUGCAAAUUAUUUUAUCUUCUUCCAGAAAAUUUUAAGUUUUUACCUUGACGAGAUUGUCCCCAAAGAUGACUGCGAUCACAUUCCUAAACGGCAAAGCUUACAUCUCAAGUUCCUCUGGCGAAAUCAGUAUAAAACAGGAACAGAGAACGGCACUGUUGCUAGCUGCUGAUGGUUCACUUCUCCAUGUUUCAAUCUAUAUUUUCUGUCUUCGACACGUUGAUGCCAGGUCCACGGUGAAAGCAUCUACCAGACCUUCCCCAUGAACCAGGGCCAAGGCCAUCAUGGUACUGGGAAAUUCUCAAAUCUGGCGUGUAUAAUCAUUCAGAUCAUGCCCAGCGAUCGACGCCUAUGGCGUUCAAUCGAAUUUUUGAAGCAUUUACUCAUAGAAAUCUUCCACCAGAGUGUUCCUCGCCUGCUCUUGUGGCACACCUGACACUUCUCUUUUGUACAUGGUAUUCUUCUGGCAUUGAUAUCUUGUGUUGGAAAAAGGGCAUAGCUGGAGUCUUUUUCUUCUUGAAAUGUUCUCCCUACCCAUAGAAACCGACACAAGCCAACAAUCUUGCGGAGAUCUUGGGUGGGUUUAUUGAAUCAUCAGUCAGCCAUGAGAUUGCUGGAGAAGCUUUAUUGCUGUUUGUUGCUUCCUGCAUUCUCUUACAUUCUGCCUGAAUCCAUACUUGGGAAGCCCGUCGUCCCCUCUAGGUUCCUAUUGUUCAGUAGAUGCGCAACAAACUCUUCAUAAAUUCGCUGACCCACUUAAAGAGGAAAUUUUUGCUAGCCCAAUGAAUGCCCUGGAUUCUAUGCGGUUCUCACGCGCAUGCCCAUAUGGAAAGAAGUCAACGAACACAAGACAUCGUAAGGGCACUUUCUGCAAAAAAUUAGGCUUCAUAUCGGUAACAGGCAAUGAUGAUCGAUACUGGCUGACCAUUGGGUGGCCUUGACUUCCAUCACUCUGGCUUGUGUGUUGAGCAUUAUUUCACUUGAAAGCUUAAAAAAUGAUCUCAUUUACACCUUGAAAUAUGCAUCAUAAUGGUAUUUUUGCAUGGUUAAUAUCCAUUUUGUGGUGGAUAUUUAAUGAUUAAUCGCCAUUAUUGGAACCUGACACCUGCCUGUUUUUUAUCAUUUUUCUAAUUAUUAUUAUUAUUACUAUUAUUUAAGAAAAAGUUUCCCAUGUCGACUAACCUGUCCCUCUACUUGUUUGGCAGAGAAACUUCUCGUCCUGUUGCGGGAUGGUCGGAAGCUUCUGGGCAUCCUCCGUUCCUUCGAUCAAUUCGGUACUUUCCCUCGACGCCCACCUCCUCCUCUGUUUCUCCCCUCCUGCUUAUGCACCCAAAUUCACUGCCUUCUCCCAGCAAACGUUGUGCUGGAGGGCGCGCACGAGCGGGUGAUAGUUGGGGAGCUCUACUGUGAUAUCGUACUGGGUCUUUAUGUGAUCCGGGGGGAAAACGUGGUCCUGAUCGGAGAAUUGGUAUCGAUUCUGUGAAUGAGUGUGUUGUCUGUAUUUUAUACUUAGGCGUACAUGUUUGAUUUAGAUCUCUCUCUCACGGCCACCCACGUUGAGACAAGCUUCCAAAUGGUUUUCGCUUGUGAUUUUUUGAGUUGCAGGACCCGGAGAGAGAGGAGCUUCCGGCCUCAAUGACGCCCGUCUCUGUUGCCGAAAUAAGAAGGGUGGGUGGGUUCUUAGCAGGAUUUAGAACAGCAGGGGGUGGGCGAUCCAGCGCGGGGAUCUAAAAGAUUGCUUCUUUCCUGUUUUUUUUUCAGGCCCAGAAAGCUGAGAAGGAGGCCUCGGAUCUCAAAGGAACCAUGAGAAAGAGGAUGGAGUUCCUCGACCUCGAUUGA